ACCACGGCCUCCUCUGUCUCACCAUCUCCUCUCCUUACAGACAGUCACAAUGCUUGCGACAUCGAGAACGGCCGCAAUGGCGCUGCGCGCCAAGCCAAUAACCGCGAUCACUCCCUUCAAAGCCGCCGCCGUCUCGAUAUCGUCGUCUACGAAGAAGCCCGCUGAGGUGUCAGUGCCAGUACGGGGCACUGGCUCCACCGUGCAAAGCAACCCGGGCACUCCACCACCCAUGAAGGCCGUGACAGGAAAGGACCACGUCGAAGUCCCGCUUCCCAGCCAAGAAGGAAACAAGAGUGUCGUACAAUACGCACUCACGACAUUGGACUCCAUAGCAAAUUGGGCGCGUCAAGGCUCGCUGUGGCCCAUGACGUUCGGUCUCGCCUGCUGCGCCGUCGAGAUGAUGCAUCUAUCUACACCGCGAUACGACCAAGAUCGACUUGGUAUAAUUUUCCGUGCCUCACCGCGUCAAUCCGAUGUUAUGAUUGUGGCCGGUACGCUUACGAAUAAAAUGGCUCCCGCGCUACGACAGGUCUACGAUCAGAUGCCAGAUCCACGAUGGGUUAUCUCAAUGGGCUCAUGUGCGAAUGGAGGCGGAUACUAUCACUACUCAUACUCUGUAACAAGAGGAUGUGACCGAAUUGUGCCAGUGGAUAUUUACGUGCCAGGAUGCCCGCCCACGUCAGAAGCUCUGAUGUAUGGCAUUUUCCAGCUGCAGAAGAAGAUGAGACAUACCAAGAUCACGAGGAUGUGGUACAGGAAGUAAAGAGGCGUGGCGGAUAUCGAAGAAGACUAUGCAUGCAAGAAGCAGCAUGAAGGAAGGCGUUAAAAGGAGCGGGACUACAGCGAAAGAUACUGUGUUCAUGUGUACAUAUUCCUGCUAUGAUACCGAGUGUGAAUCAUGACACUUCAGUGCAG